ACUACAAUUAUGUCUUAAACUAAUUUAUAUUAAAUAUUUGAAAAUCAAAUAACAGAAGAAAUAUUUAUUAAAGGAUUGUUUGAAUGAAAGUGUCAAUUAUGAAGAGCACAGACACCCAUCACUACAUACCUGUCCUCUUAGUGACACUCAUAUUGUCCGUAACUAAUGUUGGGUGCAACCUAUGGUGCUAUUCCUGUGUGUCAAGUGAGCCAGGUUGUACUGUGGAUGCCGUCAACUGGUGGAUACAUUCAGCCAUCACUUGUCCCCGAAGUGAUGAUAAAUGCGUGAAAAUAAUCGACAAAAAAGGAUCUGAUCUGAUGAUAACCCGGGACUGCCUGUCAAACAUAAUCUCCUUCCGACGUGACAUUCCUGCCGACCGUUUCGAGGGCUGUCGUCCGGCCGCCACUCAACCAAAACUCGCCGUUUAUGUGGAGAAUAGUGUCAACGAAUUGGAUCUCAAGAAGGAUUUCUUCUCAGAAACCACUUAUUGUUUCUGUGAAUUCGAUGAGUGGUGUAAUCACUCGAUGAAAAUGCAAUCAAAUUAUGUAAUUGUCAUCACAAUCGCCUUAUUCUGUGCUUUUAUAUCGACUAAACUCUUAACUUAA